AUGGCUGUUCGUGGUCAUCGUGGUCAAGCUAAUCCGGUAGCAGCUCUAGAAGCACCGCCACAAGGAGACCCGCGAGAUAUUGAAAUGGAGGCCUUGAGGAGACAAGUACAGCAGCUCCAACAAUGCCUAGAGCGUUAUGAAGCUUCUGUACAUGGUGCCUCUCAUCCUGGAUCGGAUGUUGAAGUUUCCAGCAAUGAUGGAGUUGAAGUUAAUCCUUUUCACCAUGCUCGUUGUCACACCUCAAGUGACAGCACUCCACCUCACCCACGUAACCUAAGAAAUCAUGUUUUCCGACGGGAUUGUGACGUCAAGGUGGACAUUCCAGAAUUUGAAGGAAGAAUGCAACCCGAUGAAUUCAUUGAUUGGCUCAACACCAUAGAGCAAAUCUUUGAUUACAAAGAUGUUCUAGAUCACAACAAAGUGAAGCUUGUUGCCAUCAAGCUACGAAAACAUGCUUCUAUUUGGUGGAAACACCUUAAGAGGCAGCGAGAACGUGAGAGAAAGAGUCGCAUUGUAACUUGGGUGAAGAUGAAAAAGGCUCUUAAGAAGAAGUAUUUUGCAGAUCAUUAUCGGCAAGAUGCUUUUCUUAAAUUCCACAACUUUCGACAAAAUGAUCUCUCCGUGGAAGCAUACACAGUAGAGUUUGAUCAUUCUAUGAUGCAUUGUGACAUCGUAGAGCCCGAAGAACAAAUGGUUGCCCGCUAUCUUGGAGGGUUACGUCUUGAGAUUAGUAAUAUUGUACAAUUGCAACCCUACUGGACUUACAAUGAUGUUUGCAAGCUAGCACUCAAGGUGGAGAAACAAUUGAAGGAGGGGCAUAGGAGCACCUAUCGACCUUUCAAUCGUGAUGGAAGCACAAACCGGGGGAGUAGUUCUACUUCCAAGGCUACUCCACCAACCAAGACAGCAGCUGUCAAACCACCUGCUAAGAAUGAAAACCCAUCAGAUCGCAAGAUAAUCUCCCUUAUUGAGGAAGAAUUGGAAGAUAAUGCUGAGGAGGAACAAGUUGAGGAAGAAUCUGAGGAGGAGUUGACGUAUGCAGAUCAAGGAGAGUCUCUUGUCAUUCGUAGACUUUUAAGAUCAACUUAUUCAGAAGAUGAUUGGCUUCGGAGCAACAUUUUUCACACCAAAUGCACUUCCAAUGGCAAGGUUUGUGAUGUUAUCAUUGAUGGGGGAAGUUGUGAGAAUGUGGUGUCUACAACCAUGGUGGAGAAGCUGAAUCUGAAAAGAGAAGCUCAUUCCCAUCCUUACAAACUUCAAUGGCUUCGAAUGGGCAAUGAUAUCCAGGAUGAAGUUAUGUGUGAUGUUGUUCCUAUGGAUGCUUGUCACAUACUACUUGGUGAAGUUGAGAAAACCUUAACUGAAUGUGGAGAGGGGUAUGUUCUUAUUGUAGUUGAAAAGAAAGACCCCAUUGAAAUUCCACUUAUGAUACAACCACUUCUUGAGGAAUUCCCUGAUGUUAUUCCCGAAGAACUUCCAUCGGGCCUUCCACCUAUGAGAGGCCUUGUGAGAGAAAGCAUGAGUCCUUGCGCCGUUCCAGCACUUCUCAUACCAAAGAAGGAUGGCUCCUGGCGUAUGCGUAUCGAUAGCAGGGCUGUCAACAAAAUCACCAUCUGGUACUGUUUUCCCAUUCCACGGUUGGAUGAUCUCCUAGAUCAGCUUCAUGGGGCCACAAUCUUCUCAAACAUCGAUCUUCGCAGUGGAUAUCAUCAAAUUCACAUGAGAGAUGGCGAUGAAUGGAAGACAGCGUUCAAAACGAGAGAUUGUCUUUAUGAAUGGAUGGUUAUGCCAUUCGGACUAUCUAAUGCUCCAAGUACUUUUAUGCGCCUUAUGAAUCAUAUUUUCAAACCAUUUAUGGGUCAAUUUGUUGUUGUUUACUUUGAUGACAUCUUAGUUUACAGCAAGUCUCAAGAACAACAUAUGGACCAUCUUCGUCAAGUUUUACAAACCCUGCGAGAACAAAAGAUGUAUGUCAACUUGAAGAAGUGUCAUUUUUGCACCAAUAGCCUUGUGUUCUUAGGCUAUGUUGUUUGCAAAGAAGGAAUCAUGAUGGAUCCAAGCAAGAUAGAGGCAAUCACUAGCUGGCCUACUCCCAAGUCCUUCCACGAUAUAAGAAGCUUUCAUGGACUUGCAUCAUUCUAUCGACAAUUCAUCAAAGGAUUCAACACCAUCAUUGCACCUAUCACGAAAUGCCUUAAGGGAGGAACGUUCGAGUGGACGGAGGAAGCCCAAAAGUAA